GGGGCGAGGUCAGUCCGUCACGGGGGCGGGGCGGGGAGCGGAGCGGAGCGCGCCCGGACAGCCUUGGGCACCGCCAGGGAUACUGGACGUCUGUCACCUGGGCCUGAGCCCCGACUAACCUAUUGGCCUCCCCCGCCCCAGGAGGCUGCCAAACAGCUGCAGAAAGACUUCGAAGAGGUUAAAGAGCUGUUGAACAAAGCCACAAGAAAAAGAAUUCAGGAUGUCCUGAUGGCAGAAGAGCAUAAGAUAGAGACAGAAAUCAAGAACCAGCCAGGACCCAAGCCCAAAGGUGAUGCAGUAGAGGAAGAGAAACCACCAGCUGGAGGAUAUACUGUGAAAAUCAACAAUUACGGUUGGGACCAGUCAGAUAAAUUUGUGAAGAUUUACAUCACUUUAAAUGGUGUUCACAAGCUCCCAGCUGAGAAUGUGCAAGUGCAUUUCUCAGAGAGGUCAUUUGAUUUGUUGGUGAAACAUCUGAAUGGGCGGAAUUACUCCAUGACAUUCAACAACCUGCUGAAACCCAUUUCUGUGGAUGGCAGUUCUAGAAAGAUCAAGACAGACAUGAUCCUUGUGUUAUGUAAGAAGAAACAGGAAGACAAAUGGGAAUGCCUUACUCGAGUGGAAAAAGAAAGCAAAGAUAAAGAGAAGGCUGCAUAUGACACGUCAGACCCUGGUGAAGGGCUGAUGAACCUUCUGAAAAAGAUGUAUUCAGAGGGGGAUGAUGACAUGAAAAGAACCAUUAAUAAGGCCUGGGUUGAGAGUAGAGAAAAACAAUCUAAAGGGGACAUACCAAUGGAUAUUUGAUACUACUCCGAAGGGGGCCUUAAUAUGGAUCUUCGUAUGGGACUUUUGUUGUGCUGCAGAGGGCAGGUCUUAUAAGCGCAUUGUUUACACAACCUACUUCCAAGCAAAGACACUUAGCUGUUUUUGAUUUCAGGCUGGAGAAAUUAUUUAAAUAAAGUAUGCUUAAAACCCA